AUGUUCGCCACGGCCAACUAUGCCGAGGAGCGAGGCAAAUGCGAGCAGAUGCUCCAGAAGUUUUCCGUCCUCUCGAUGAACCCGGAAGAUCCGCCCCAAAAGAAGUACCUUGAGAUGAUUGCCGAAGUAAACGCCCAGCAGCGCACCUCCUUCCCGAUCAGCCUCGACGAUGUGUCUUCCUUCUUUGGCGAGUCGAGCGAGCUCCUCAGCAAUAUCCUGUGCAACACGCGCCGCUACGUGGAGCUCUUCUCCGAGGCCAUUGACAACCUCCUGCCGGCGCGCAGCAACCGCAUCAGCGAUGACGAUGAUGUGAUCGAUGUCCUGGUGUCGCAGCGCAUCCAGCAGGUGGCGGCCGGCGAGCAGGUCGACCUGAAGACCAUCUUCCCGCGGGAGUUGCUCCGGCGCUUCUCCGUCACUUUUACCCCCCUAUCGCACAUGAAGCCGCAUGCCAUCCGCGAGAUUCGGGCUAGCUCGGUCGGAGCGACGGUCUUCCUGCGAGGCAUUGUCACCCGGACGACGGACGUUCGCCCGCAGAUGGUCGUGGCCACGUACAGUUGCGAGCGCUGCGGCUUCGAGACCUACCAGGAGGUCAUCUCACGGACCUUCCGCAUGAUCGACAACUGCCAGUCGGAGCGGUGCACCAGCGACAAGACCCCCGGGCGGUUGACGCUGCAAACGCGCGGAUCCAAAUUCAUCCCCUUCCAGGAGAUCCACAUCCAGGAACUCUCGAACCAGGUGCCCAUCGGGCACAUCCCCCGGUCGAUGGCCAUCCAUGCGUUUGGCGAGCAGACGCGUGUGGCCAACCCGGGUGACAUUAUCCACGUGUCGGGG